GCGCAGGUGGACUUUUUUUUUUUUUUUUUUGCGUGCGCGUGCACGCGGGCGCGUGCCGCUGUGGGACAGAGUGACGCAACAGUCGAACCGUCGCGAGCGCUAUCAAACUGCCAGACGGCGCCAAGUGGUUCGGUCGCUUUGUGCAGGAGGCAGACGGAAUCUCAUUCAGGGUGAGCCGCGAUGGGGAAGGAGAAGCUCCACAUAAGCAUUGUUGUGAUAGGACAUGUCGACUCCGGCAAGUCCACCACCACCGGCCACCUCAUCUACAAGUGUGGGGGCAUUGACAAGAGAACGAUUGAGAAGUUUGAGAAGGAAGCUGCUGAGAUGGGAAAGGGUUCCUUCAAAUAUGCCUGGGUCCUGGACAAGCUGAAGGCAGAGCGCGAGCGGGGCAUCACCAUUGACAUCUCGCUUUGGAAGUUCGAGACCGGCAAGUACUACGUCACCAUCAUCGAUGCUCCAGGACACAGGGACUUCAUCAAGAACAUGAUCACUGGGACUUCUCAGGCGGACUGCGCCGUGCUGAUUGUGGCCGCGGGCGUGGGCGAGUUUGAAGCCGGCAUCUCGAAGAACGGGCAGACGCGUGAACACGCCCUGCUGGCCUACACCCUGGGAGUGAAGCAGCUCAUCGUGGGCAUCAACAAAAUGGAUUCCACCGAGCCCAACUACAGCCAGAAACGCUACGAGGAGAUCGUGAAGGAAGUCAGCACUUACAUCAAAAAGAUUGGCUACAACCCCGACACUGUGGCCUUUGUGCCCAUCUCUGGGUGGAACGGAGACAACAUGCUGGAACCCAGCCCAAAUAUGUCCUCCUGGUUCAAGGGCUGGAAGAUCAACCGUAAAGACGGUAACGCUUCGGGCACCACGCUGCUGGAGGCUCUGGACGCCAUCCAGCCUCCCAGCCGCCCCACCGACAAGCCCCUCCGCCUGCCCCUGCAGGAUGUCUACAAGAUUGGAGGCAUCGGUACUGUACCGGUGGGCCGAGUAGAGACCGGCAUCCUAAAACCUGGCAUUGUGGUGACCUUUGCUCCCGUCAACGUGACCACCGAGGUCAAGUCUGUGGAGAUGCAUCACGAAGCCCUGACUGAGGCGCUGCCCGGUGACAAUGUAGGCUUCAACGUCAAGAAUGUGUCUGUCAAGGACAUCCGCCGUGGGAACGUGGCUGGAGACAGCCGAAACGACCCGCCACAGGAGGCGGGCAGCUUCACCGCUCAGGUGAUUAUCCUCGAUCACCCUGGUCAGAUCAGUGCCGGCUACGCCCCCGUGCUGGACUGCCACACUGCACACAUCGCAUGCAAGUUCGCCGAGCUCAAGGAAAAGAUUGACCGCCGCUCAGGUAAGAAGCUCGAGGACAACCCCAAGGCCCUGAAGUCUGGAGAUGCUGCCAUCGUGGACAUGAUCCCCGGCAAGCCCAUGUGUGUGGAGAGCUUCUCCGAGUACCCGCCACUGGGGAGGUUUGCUGUCCGGGACAUGCGUCAGACGGUGGCGGUGGGAGUGAUCAAGGCUGUGGAGAAGAAAGCCCCCUCCAGCGGUAAGGUCACCAAGUCUGCACAGAAGGCACAGAAGACCAAAUGAACGUUGUGCUGGGCUGCUGCCCCGAGCGUUCACCGUGGCCGAGGACACAUGAGCAAUCCGUCCCUUCUGCACACCAUAGUCCGUGUCUGGUCCAUUAUCACAAUGCAUCGCAAAAGCAGACGAAGGAAAAAAAUUAACUACCACACUGUUACUGAAUCAAACACGUUGAAACGCUGUUAUAUGUUUGUUAAACAUGUGAAACGCCGUAAUAUGUUGGUAAAACGUGUUGAAACGCCGUUAUAUGUUGGUUAAACACGUUGAAACGCCGUUAUAUGUUGGUAAAACAUGUUGAAACGCAUUUAUAUGUUGGUUAAAGACGUUGAAACGCCGUUAUAUGUUGGUUAAACACGUUGAAAUGCUGUGAUAUGUUGGUUUCCUCAUCACGCAGUUCAUGGCAGAACAUCGCAGAUCUGUGUUACUGCUCCCUGGUUGUGUGCUGCUGUUGUAGUUUGGAUUAAGCUGCACGUCGAUCUGGCUAACACACAUUAUCUGCUUGGCCCCAGUAAUUAGAUGGUGUCGUUCUUUCGCCAGGUUCUUGUUGAAGUAAUGCUCUGUGUUGUAGCUUUAAGGGACAUGCUUACCAGCCAGCGGGCCAGAGGUAGAAUUAGCCCCUUGCAUGUUCCUGUUUGCACCUUAGAGAAAAACGAGCUUCGGAAAUGCCUGAAAUCUUCAUGCCUACUUGUAGCACUUUGUUCGACUGAAGCCCCCUUACAGUACAGUAGCUCUGUUAAAUGUUAGUUACUGUUAAAUUCAUGCACCUUAAUCUCUGUUGUUUGUGAGCAAUGUUCAGAAAAGUAAAGAUGUUUAAACAAA